UUCGGUAUGUAGCCAACUUCCUGAUUCAGGGUGUAGAAGUGUUUUUUUUUUUUUUUUUACGCCGACCUCCAAAGUGUAUAUAUUGUCCGUGUUACUUGGAUUAUGAUGCGGUGGAGAGCACGGACACUUUCCAGUCAGACCUGCUGAACACGCCACACAGUGCACAACAUGGAUUUCCAGAAGCUGCUAUUAGACGCAGGGAAGGCCCUGUGUAAGGACGAGGUGAAAGCUUUAGCUUUUCUUUGCACUGACCUCCUGGGCCGAAACCCGGCCUCGGUGGAGUCGGCCAGUGACCUCUUCUCUCGUCUGGUGGAUCAAGACCACCUAUGUGCUGAGCGACCUCAUCUGCUGAGCGAGCUUCUCUCCAUCAUCAACCGCAAACGUCUGGCUCGUGACCUUGGGCUUCCUGACCGAGAACCAACAAUCAUCUCUUCUUACAGGGUGUUUCUCUACAGUCUGUCUGAGGAUUUGACUACUUCUGACUUGAAAGAUCUGAAGUUCUUGUUAAGAGAUCAGCUCCCACGUAGAAAACUGGAGGAAAAUGUUACUACACUGGAGGUCUUCCUGGAGAUGGAGCACAUGGACCUCAUCAAUGACACUGAUCUAAACUUACUGGAGGACAAAAUUCGGAACGUGUGUCCCAUGCUGGUAGAAAACUUCAACGAGUUUAAAACACAGCAGGUUCGUCACAACAGCUAUGUAGCUCAAGAAACAAGUCGACCAAGAUCAGAGACUUUUCAUUUUGGCUCGAACCAGAUCCCUCAACCUCUUGGAAGGACUUGCUCAAAUGAAAUGCCGACAGAAGAAAUGCCGAUGUCGUUGGCCGAGUCUACUAUGCAUUCAUCCAACACGUCUAUGGAUUUCUUGCCAGAUUUUCAACUGGGACUGAGUAAUGCAAGCAUUCAAACAUCAGGCUAUUUCUCCAACAAUGUGAGAAAUGAUGCUGUGGUUAGUUUACAAGAAAACCAGACCUCCUCUGGAAUGCAGAUGUCUCCAACUACCAACACAAACACAGUUUUAGAAACAUAUCCCAUGACUGCAGUGACGAGAGGUAUCUGUUUGAUAAUUAACAACUAUGACUUCACUAAAUCUCUAACACGUCUCAUGAAGCGGGAUGGGACCAUGAUUGACAAAGAGUGUCUGGAAAAAGUGUUCAAGUGGCUCGGCUUUAAGGUAGAGGUACAGAAGGACUGCACAUGUGAGAGGAUGCUGUCUGUGAUGAAGGAGCUCGGAGGCAGAAACCACAGCCAGAUGGACAGUCUGGUGUGUUGCAUUCUCAGCCACGGCCAGGAGGGAAGCGUGUAUGGUGUGGACGGCAAAACCGUCACUAUCAGGAAGCUGAUGGAGCCUUUCAAUGGAUUAAAUUGCUCCUCUUUGGCCGGAAAACCCAAGCUGUUUUUCAUCCAGGCCUGCCAGGGCAAGAAUGAGCAGGCAGCUGUCUACCUAGAGGCCGAUGGUCCUGUCCUUAGCGAUGCUAUUGAAGCUACACACUCCAUCCCAUCUGAUGCAGACUUCCUGCUGGGAAUGUCCACAGUUCCUUCUUUUGUCUCUUAUAGAGAGAAGAAAAAUGGCACGUGGUUCAUUCAGUCGUUGUGCCAACAUCUUGUCCAGAAUGUUCCCAGGAGUGUUGACCUUGUGUCUAUCCUGACAAUAGUGAAUUCAGAUGUUAGCCGGAAGACUGAUUCCACCGGUGUGAAAAAACAGAUGCCUCAACCAGCCUUCUCACUCACGAAGAAAGUGGUCUUUCCGAUCCCCGCAGCUUCUUCUCCCGUUCUGUGACACCGACAGCAAUAAUCUGCAGACCUAAACAUCAAAUUUUUGUUUUACAUUCAAUGUUUACAAUUUUAAAUCAGCGAUAUUUAUCAACAUCUGAGCUGAUGAAGACCAUGAGAUGUGUAAGACGAUCUUUACUUGAGAUGAUUGUGUCACAAUAUUAGUUAGAGUUUAUUUUAUGUGCUUUUAGAUGGCGAUAUUAGACAGACCAUAUCAACUAAGUAUUCUUGCUGCUACUGUAUAUUUUGUAAUUGCAUUUAAGUGCACAUUUUAUUGCUACCAUAACUUAUCAACAAAGUUGACAAUGUGGAUCUACUAAAUAGUUCUGAAAUAUUGACUGAGUAGUCAAUAAACAGGAAAUUAAUUUCCAUAAAUCAAACCAAAAAUGCUGAAUAUUUGCUUCUUCCAGACUCUCAUAUGUGAGGAUUUGUGGCUGUUCUUUACUUGAUAUCAAUGUAGAUUCACUAUUUUUUAACUCAUGUCCAACUCAAAUUCUGAAAAUGUGAUUUUAUAAUAUUUUAUAUACACAAUUACUGAUCGAUUAAUAAAAAACAAUGAAAAAUA